CUCAAAAGUCCAAAACCUUCAACUCAUUGCUUCGUUUUUUAACUUCGAAUACGAGACACGUCCAUCUCCCCACUCCCAUAGAUUAUGUCUCGUUUAAUCCAAUAUAGGUUAUCCCUCUCAAGAUUGCUCAAUACAUCAGGUUCAAUCGGGCGAGGAAGAUAUCUAUCGACAGAAUCUAAUAAAAUUGAUGAACCACUUAAAGUAGAGGAAGCUGAAACAGUAAAUGUUCCACCUCCCCCUGCGGAGAAGUUGCUUGUGCUUGGUGGAACUGGGUUUGUUGGCUCGCAUAUAUGCAAAGAAGCAUUACAUCGUGGCUUAUCUGUUGCUAGCCUUAGCAGAUCUGGCAAGUCAUCUGUUCCAGAAUCAUGGGCUAACAAGGUGCAAUGGCAUCAAGGGGACUUGCUGUCUGGUGACUCAUGGAAGGAAGCCUUAACUGGAGUGACAUCUGUUGUGUCAUGUGUUGGUGGUUUUGGUUCUAACUCCUACAUGUACAAGAUCAAUGGAACUGCAAACAUCACAGCCAUUAGAGCUGCAGCUGAAAAAGGGGUAAAAAGAUUUGUAUACAUAUCUGCUGCUGACACUGGAGUGAUUAAUUACUUUUUACAAGGAUAUUAUGAUGGAAAGAGAGCUGCUGAAACAGAGUUGCUUGUGAGAUAUCCAUAUGGACAUGUGAUUCUGAGGCCUGGAUUCAUAUAUGGAAAUCGUCGUGUUGGCAGUAUGGAAGUGCCUCUGGGAGUCAUUGGUUCCCCACUAGAAAUGCUUCUCCAACAUGCAAAGCCGCUGACUCAGAUUCCACUUGUGGGUCCAUUGUUGACGCCACCUGUCAACGUGACAGCUGUCGCCAAGGUGGCAGUUAGAGCAGCUAUUGAUCCUGUUUUUCCACCUGGCAUAGUUGAUGUCCAUGGAUUACAACGUUACAGCCAACAAAAGUAAUACUUCAAAAGAUUGAAUACAAUUCAGAUCAUUAGACAGCUCUGUAGUCUUUCCUUGAUUCUUUUUUAAUCUUUUCCAAUAAUAUGUAUGUAUUUUUCAGAG